GCCUUCACAUCUUUUUGUCUGAGAGCUGGAUCCUCCGCCGCUCCACGGUGUGCGCGGCAGUUCCGCAACACACUGUCAAACCACUCCAAACCGACAGAGCCGCGACCAAAAAAACCCUCAAGCCAACACUCUCCAGCCAUGGCGCUGCUCGCCCGCCGGUAAAUCGGUCUUUGGAGCCGUUCCGCAGCUCGGUCCCGGGGUUGUGUCGGGCUUGUGUCCGUGUUGCAGCUCGGUCUUUAUUAGCGAAGCCGCCGCUCUCUCUCUCUCUCUCAACGUCUCCCGCUACCAGCGGAUUUCUUUAACUUUUUUAAACACUCACGCUCCUCUCGGCGGAUGACUGAGCGCCGGCGGACUAUGGGCUCCGUGGCGUCUUAGUGCAGCUAUCGUUGGGGGUUUCACCGUGUUUUGCAUGCGAGCAGCAUGGCGACUUCGACGGGGAAGAACGCACCGGAGCAGCGGCGGAGAGGACAGGCGUUCCUGGACGAGCUGCGGCAGUUCCACCAGAGCCGAGGGUCUCCGUUCAGGAAGAGCCCGCUGGUGGCGGGGAGGGAGCUGGACCUGGACGCGCUCUACAUCCGAGUGGUGUCGCUGGGGGGGUUCGCCAAGGUUUCUGAUAAAAACCAGUGGAUUGAUAUUGCAGAAGAGUUCAACUUCCCGAAGAGUUGCUCCAACGCUGCAUUCGCUUUAAAACAGUACUACCUGCGAUACUUGGAGAAGUAUGAGAAAGUCCACCACUUUGGCGAGGAUGAUGAAGAAGCGCAACCAGGGAAUCCCAAAACCUCUCUUCCAGUCGGUGCAAUUCCCAGCUCCUACAACUACCAGCAACACGUUGUAUCAGACUAUCUCCGCCAAAGCUAUGGACUAUCUACAGAUUUCAUUCAGCCGUGCGACUACAACAAACUGGUGCUGUCUCUCCUCUCGGGUCUACCCAACGAAGUCGACUUCGCUGUCAACGUUUGCACUCUGCUUUCCAACGAGAGCAAACAUGUCAUGCAGCUCGACAAGGACCCCAAACUGGUCACGUUGCUGCUGGCCCACGCCGGCGUCUUCGAUGACUCGCUAGGCAGCUUCUGUGGGGUGUUUGGGAUGGACUGGAAGGAGAAAACCUCUCGGGACUUUGUCAGGUUCUGGAGGGAGGUGGUGGAGGACACUGAAGUCAGGGAGCUGAUCUGGGACAAGAGUAACCCAGCUCAAGAUGGUACGUCAUGCGAGGUGCGCGGCCACAGCCUCUUCCAUCCGCCGCGGAACUCCGGCAUCAGUGACAUGGAGGCCCAGCGGGUGCUGCAGAUCGCCGUCAUCCUGAGAAACCUCUCCUUCGAGGAGGCCAACGUCAAGCUGCUGGCGGCCAACCGAACGUGCCUGCGCUUCCUUCUGCUCUGUGCCCACUGUAACCUCAUCUCACUCCGACAGCUCGGGCUGGACACGCUGGGGAACGUAGCUGCUGAGCUCCAGCUGGACCCUGUUGACUUUCGGACGACGCACCUGAUCUUUCACACCAUCACCAAAUGCUUGAUGUCCAGGGAUCGCUUUCUCAAAAUGAGAGCCAUGGAGAUCCUGGGUAACCUCAGCAAAGCGGAGGACAAUGGCGUGCUAAUCUGCGAGUACGUGGACCAGGAGUCGUACAGGGAGGUCAUGUUGCUCCUCACGCUGCCUGAUCUCAUGCUCCUCAUGGCCUCCUUGGAGGUGCUAUACCUGCUGGCUCAGCUGGGAGAGAUUCCCUGCACCAAGAUCGCCUCGGUGGACCGCAGCAUAGACCUGUUGGUGCGGUUGGUAUCAAUAGACCUUCACACGUUUGGACCCGACGCCCUGACGGCAGUACGGUUGAUCGAGCAUCAGGCUAACGCGGACCAGGCAGCCGAGGUCCGGCCACAGCUGGUGGAGCAAGUCCCUGCAGCCACACAGGGAACAGCAGCACCAGCAACGAGGGUUUCAGCUCAAUCUUCUCAACCCCCGCCUGGCAUUGUCGAGCUCGAUGGAGAAAAGUUUACGCUGCAGUGGCUCAACGCACACUUUGAGACGAACCCUGAGGGCUCGGUGUCUCGGUCAGAAAUGUACUCCGAAUACCUGGCGACGUGCAGCAAAAUGGGGCGAAGCAACAUCCUGAACUCCACCGGCUUUCUCAAAUGUCUGCGAACUGUGUUCCCCAACCACACGAUGCGGCGGCAAGAGGAGUCCAAAGUCAGCGGCCAGGUUCACAUCCUGCUGGUAGGGUUGAGGCGAAGGGCGAUCCCUCUGCCUAUCCAGCUGUACUACCAGCAGUCCCAGCAGCAACAGCAGAGCCUGCCAGCAGCCCGACACGAAGCCCCCGGAGACCCUCAGGCUGUCCGUCCAGGGUUACCUCUCGGGCCGCAGUUCCUCCGGUCCCUGGCCCCCCACCUCAGCGUUGCUGCCGCCACGUCCUCCCCGACCGCACCCACGCAUGAAGCUCCCCGUGGAAACCACGCGAUCGUCCCCCGCCACCCGAUGGCCGCGCAGGUGUCUCCGCAGGUGUCGCCGCAGUUACCCGGUUCCCCGGCGGGACAGCAGCAGGUCCGGCCGGUGCCCAUGGUCCAGGUGGCAGCCCUGGCUCCGGGCCCCCAGAACCACAGCCCCCGGAGCCCCGGCCCCGUCUCUCAGCAUCAGCAGCACUCGCCCAUCCUCCCCACGGGAACGCCCGUCACACUCUUUCAGCCGGUCCCACAGGGUCACAUCCUCACCGCCAGGGUACAAGGCGUGUGCCCCCCCAUCACCCAGAAUCCACCGCUGUCUCAAACCCCUCCCCUGCCCGGGCAGCUGGGCGGGCCCCCGCAAGGAGACCCCCAGUGUGCCGCUGCCGCAUCAACACCCUCGUCGCUUCAGGGAGGGGUUCCCAACUCCCAGGGCUCCCGUGUCACAUUUCAGAACAUCGCCCCCAAACCAGCGCCCAACCAGUCCGGCGGGGCGGCAGCCGCGAUGGCCACACCCAACCAGCAGCCUCAGCCUCCGCAGCAGGCCCAGAGCGUCGUCAUAGUGGGCCCUAAUCCUCAGCAGAACAGCGCCUACGCCCCCGCCAUACACCAGAUCGUUCUCACCAACCCCUCCACCAUUCCCGGCGCUCAGACUAUCCAGAUAGCGGGGCAGCCCGGAGCGUCGAGCCCCUGCCCGCCCCCCGCCUCCAACUCCAACACCCAGGUCCCGCCCGGUCAGACUGUCAACCAUCCGCUGUCCCUGAAACGGCACCACCACCAACAGCAGCAUCAGCAACAGCCACCUCUUCAGAUGAUCUCUCCUUCCUCUCAGCCUACCUCCACCGAGUCCAGCUUGAUCAAACAGCUACUGCUUCCAAAGCGAGGGCCUUCUACGCCCGGGGGGAAGUUAAUCCUGCCGGCCCCCCAGGUGCCCCCUCCCAACAACACGAGUCCCCAGGUCAUCUACCAGGCCGGCUACGGCACCCAGAACCCCUCUCCUCAGCCCCAGCAACUCAACGUCCAGCUGGUCCAGGGCCAGCUCCCGGCGGCCGGGGCCCCAGCGCUGCAGACGGUUCAGCUCCUGCCAGGCCAGAUCAUUUCCACGAGCAGUCCAGGGGGCACCGCCAUCAUUCAGGGUCCCACCGCAGCUGGACAGGUUACGUUCACGGUGGUCCCCGGCACCGGCUUCACCGCCACCGCUCCCGUCGCCGCCGUCAGCCAGGGGGGCGUCGCUCCGGGGGUCCCCCCUCCUCCGUUCUCUUCUGGAUCGGCGCCCCACCACGUCCCGGCAGCCCCGCCACCUCCGCCGCCUCCGCCACCACUGCCAGCUCCCCUCAGAGGGGACCGAAUCAUUUGUCAAAAAGAAGAGGAGGCCAAGGACGCCACGGGGCUGCACAUCCACGAGAGGAAGAUCGAGGUGAUGGAGAACUCGUCGCUGGCAGAGGGAGACUCCUCCAACGGCAAAGCGAGCAACGGCGACGUGGCGGCCGGUGCUAAGCUGCUAAACGGUCAGAAGUGCAUGGAGUCCAGUCUACCUCCAUACCACUCAGGGAACAGCCAGGGGGCGCUCAAUGGCCCGGCCAUGGAGAGCCACCCUGCAAAUGGGAAGCAGGCCCUCUCCCCCAGCCCCAACACGCCCCACGAGGGCAACCCCGACCCUAAAAAGACUCUCGUCAACGGGGUGUGUGACUUUGACCGGGGCGACGGCGGCGGGAACUUUAACAAAAACAUUCCAAAUCACAUCGCUUCCAAACAGUACUUGGGGAACGGGGAGGUGGGCCCCUCGGAUAAGAGUCGCAGCUUAGACCCGCAUGUCCCCAGCCCUCCCCCGCCCCCGCAGGACACUGCCAAAGCCCAGCAGGCGGAGCGCCUGGCCAACGGACCCCAAGCAAUAGGCCACCGGCCUUCCUCGGAAAUGACCAACGGACCUAUGGGGCCGGGCCACGCCGCGCCCGUACUAAGACAGCAACUGCUCCCCAACUCCAACCUCCCCUCCACUGUUACCUCCCACAGUCCCGCCGCCUCUCCCGCAAACGGAGUGGCGCCGGAGGCUCGGGGCCUCAAGAGGCCCGCGGAAAGCGAGGACCGGGGCUCGGCGGCGUCCUCGGGAAUCCCCAACAAGGUGGGCGUGCGGAUCAUCACCAUCAGCGAUCCCAACAACGCCGGCAGCAGCGCCACCAUGGUGGCGGUGCCAGCAGGAACAGACCCAAGCACAGUAGCCAAAGUAGCAAUAGAGAACGCCACUCAGCAGAGGAACUGCUCCCCCACACAGGCAGCUGGCACAACGCCCACGGUUAGCCCGCCCCCCGUCUCCCAGCCGUCACCAGCAGGGAACCACAGCCCAAACCUCCCCGCACAGCAGACCCCCACGGCGCCGCCAGAGCCCAGCCGGAAAGCAGGGCAGAAUUUCAAGUGUCUAUGGCAGUCGUGUAAACGAUGGUUCGAAACGCCCUCUCAAGUAUUUUACCACGCAGCAACGCAACACGGGGGGAAGGAUGUGUAUGGAGGUCAUUGUCAGUGGGAGGGGUGUGAACCUUUCCCCCGGCAGAGACUGUCCUUCAUCACACAUCUGCAGGAUAAGCACUGUUCUCGAGAGGCUUUGCUGGCUGGACUAAAGUUGGAGGAGCAGCGGGCGCAAAGUCCCAAUCCGACUUCUUCCCAGACUCCGCCGGUGGCAGGCAGCACUCCGGCACAAAGAACACCGAAAGCAAUUGUCAAUCAUCCGAGCGCAGCUCUCAUGGCCUUACGCAGAGGCUCUCGAAACCUGGUCUUCAGGGACUUCACGGAUGAGAAAGAAGGUCCGGUGACCAAACACAUACGACUGACUGCUGCCUUAACGUUAAAAAACAUCGCCAAGCACUCUGACUGUGGUCGAACGUUGGUAAAGAGGCAUGAGACGCACCUCUCCGUGCUUGCGUUAAGUAACAUGGAGGUUUCCACCACGCUCGCCAAAUGCCUUUAUGAACUCACGCGCUCGCUUCAGGCUUAAAGCCAAAAAGGAGAACCCCCCCCCUCAUCCAGCCCGGUCCCUCUCCGGUGACGAGAGGAGCAAACACUGGUGAGCCGUAGCAGGUCCACGGAAGUGAGCGGAGCAGCGGGAGGAAACAGGACGAAGAUCCACCCCCCCCUACCGUGUCCACCCCCCCGUAAUGCCCCCCUUAUCGACUUCCUCGCCAACCUGUGUCGACACCCCCACCCUAAUCCUACACAGGAAAAAGAAGAAAAAAAAACAGCCUUGGGGUCUUCCACCAGCUGUCCACCAGGGGGCGUCUCCCCGAGGGGACUCCACUGACAAAACCCCAAACACGAGCACAUUUUGUUUAAGCUAUGUUUUAAAAUAAAAAUGUUCCCCUUUUUUUCUACAUUUUCCCCUGGAUGGAGCGGGUGCGUGCACGUUUGGUGCAACUCUAUAGUACAGGUGGGCGGAAAGGGGGCGGGGCUACUGAAGACGCCCCCAGCGUUUCGUGGAGGGGGACUCAGCUGGCAACUGGUGCAGAGAUUUUUUUUUUGUUUUUGUUUUUUCUUUAGAAACUCAGUAGCUUGGUUUUCUUACUUGAGUCGAUAUAUUUUCACUUAUUUAUUAUUGAAAUGAAUACCAUUACAAUUAAUGAAAGAAUCUUGUAAAUAUGUUGUGAAUAUAUAUAAAGAUCAUUUCAUGCCGAUACAGCCACUGGAGAACUUGCUCUGUGGAGUAAUAGAAGCAUUACUUUGGCAGGAUUUAAUAAAUUAGUAUGUUUUUAUUUUAUUUUUUGUUUUUUUCUGUUUUUUUUUUUUCUUUUUUAUGAUCCCUGGUCACUUGUAUCUAAUGUGAUUCUAUACUCAGCAGUGGAUGAAUGUACUUAAGAACUUGUAAAUAAUUCUGCAAAGGUACUGAUGCUGUAAAGCUUUGGGAGGGGAAAAACAGUUUUUUGUGGAACUGUGACAUUUUUUGUAUUAUAAUACCUUGUAGAACUCAUUUUGCUGGCUGAAAGAGUAUGGAAUAAUAUAUCUCAUGUCAUUUUGUAGAAGAAAAAAAAAUAUUGAAGGUAUUCUCUUCCCUUCCUCUACCCUCACACACCCUCCCCUGAACACGCACGCACGCGCACACACAGACACACACACACAAAAGGAACAUGUAUCCACUGUAAGCGUUUUGUCAUUGUACGGGCACAGUGCGCGUACCAAAAUUUUUUUGUAUUUGUAAAUUGGUUUAAAUACAUGGAGUUUUUAUACAGGUUUUCUCCUGUGUUCUUUGCUUUACGUGCAGGUAUGAUAUUUUCUUCACUACUUUUUUCUAUCUUAAUAUAGUGUGGAGUUUUAUUGUACUAUUUUUUCAUUCUUAAUACCAUGCCACAUUCCGGCUCACGUCCUCAGACUGUCCUCUCUACCGUGUGUUGUGUAACAUUUGACUGCCUGUCGUAUUAGCAUCUGACCGGGGCGACCCAACCAUCUUCAUUUCUGCGGUGUCGGUAGGAUGUGUGACUAUACAUAGACUUAACAGUCUGUUAGAGAUUGGCUUUAUUUACUUUGGUGACUGUUUAUAGUUUUUAAAUAAAACACUGAACAUUUUG